GAAGAAGUGAAAACAAAUGGACUGUUGAACAUUUCGAUGGUCAAGGUACUUUGAGUUCGCAAGUUUGUUGCUCGAAGUUUAAUGUCGAUUUUGUUUAUUCGACCCAAGAUUGGAUUUCGGUUGUUUUCCUAUGGAAAAUAUAUGAUGAGAAGAGGAGAAGAAGAGGAAGACGAAGAUGAUAAGUGAGAGAGUCUGAGGGAAGAAUUUAAAUGUUGCCAAAAAUAAAAGAAUCAAGGGGAGUUUCUAUUCUAAAUGAGAUGUUACAUCCAUAGGAAAAAACGAAUGUCUCUUUUUACUCUCUUUCUCUUUUCUCUCACCUCUUUGGUUUGAGUUUCGAGAUUUUCUCUCAUCUCAUCAUUUCAUCCUCAUCCUCAUCCCAUAUGUGUAAUGAUGAUGAUGAGAAAAAGAGAUCAUGAAAGUCACUAGUUGAUUUACUUACGAUUAUCGAGAGGAAGAAAAAAAACUCAUUUUCUUUUCCAUUCUGAUCCAUAUUUUCAUCGUGUUGGUUUUUCAUUUGUUUCCCUUUUUCCUGGUUAAUUAAUUGUCUCUGUUGAUUGUUCAUUUUAUCAUCUUCAUCUUGUUUACUUCAUCACAAUGACAAUGGAAUUACAAAAGUCACUUCAAGGCCCUGAGGGUCUUAAUUUACCUUCCAGUGUUAAUGGUAACCACAAUACGACUGCAAUAAGCACCAUUGGUGUUCAAUCAGGGAAAACGAGGAUUAUAAUUGCUGUUCUUGUGAGUAAAGAUUGGAUUGAAUUGAAAAUCUGUGACAUGGAGCCCUCACUAAUUGAAAUCGGUCGAUCAUUAAAUGAAGCAAUUGAUUAUCAACAACAACACUUAACUACUCUGAAAAAGCUUGAGACCAAACAAACUCCAGUGGAAAAACUUUUGGGCUCAGCUGAUGAGAUCUUAGCAAAUAAGGAAACCGAUCCAAUUGUUUUCUCGUCGAUGGCCGAGAAUCUGGCCUUGGCCUGGAAGAAUUUAAAUCAUCAAUUACAAUCAAGAUCGAAAACAUUAAAUCAAUCAGUUUCCUUUUAUCGACGAUGUGACCAGUUUGAUCAGUGGAUCGAAAAAGCGGAAACCGAAUUCUCUGUGGUCGAACUUCCGGAAACUCUGGAAGGAGUGAGGAAAAUUUUGUCCGAAAUCGAGACGAUCAAAAGAAACCUUUUGGAAUGUUCAAUGUUCGCAAUGAACGAACAGCAAUUACUAUUGGCCAAUCUCGAUGAAUUAGCGGCUGUAAAUCUAUUCGAUUCGAGGCCAUUGUUCAAAUCAACUGAAAUCGCCAAUGUGAUCGCUUAUGUGAUCGAUUAUUUGGAAAAGUUACAAGAAAAACGCCGAAAAUUAGUGACCUUGUUUAUCCAACGAAAGAAAUUGUUGGACUCACAAUAUCUACGAUUACGAUACAUUGAACUUCUCAAUGGGAUUAUCAAUCGAAUGGACCAGGAAAGGUCGAUCCUCGAAGGUAUUGCCCCAGGAAAUUCUGCUCGUGAGGCGGGAAUCGCUCGUUACAAAAUGGAUGAAAUCGAAAGAAGUUUGAAGAACUUGGGAACUGAAUCAUUACGCCUGGCGAGUGGAAUUGAUUUACAUUCUCAGGAGAUGAACAGUAAAGUUAAAGAUUUAGCAUUUGCAGUUCUGGAAGAAUAUUCUAGUCUCAUGUUUACCCUGGAAGAGAUGAAAUCUCUUCAAAGUUCCUUUGCCUCUUUUCUUGAAAGUGCUUCUUUAACCAUCGCUAAAUUGGAUACAAUGUUUGAUUCCCUCGAACCAUCGGUCUCGAAUUCAUCGUUUCGACCUCAAUCACCGGUUCCCUUUGUUACAAUGGAUAAUAUUCAGGAGACAAUUAAGGAAACAGUGACUCAAGGCUACUAUUUAUUGGAUCUUGUAGGAACCAAUCAAGCUUAUAUUCAACCGAUUAAUGCUAAACUUCAUGAAAUCCAGGAAAAGGUUAGAGCUUUGGAGGAAAAACUUGCUUCCAUCCAGCCGAUUAGUACCAUGGAGAUUGGAACGGAAACUGAAGAUGACCUGGUUCAAAAUGAAAAACAACAACAACAACAAUUGUAUCAAGAGUAUCAACAACAAUCGCAACAAUCAAAGGAAACUAUUGUUAGUGAAGCUUUGGUUAGAGUGAUCAACUUGAAAGAUGAUUUAAGUCGAUGGUUAAAUCAACGAGUUUGUGAUUUUAUGAGAGGCCAUCAAGACAUGGGAAGCUCAAUGGGAAUAGUUAACGAUUUUCUGGAAAAACACCAAAAACUUUCCAUCGAAAUGGAGACAAAGUCAUUGGAAUUGAAAGUUUUACUGUCAAUUGUUAACCGAAUGGAAAUUGAUGCUGAAAAUAUACCCGAAGAUGUGACCAACUCUCUUGACGAACUCAAAUCGAAUUGGGAAUUGUACUCAUCAUUAUUAGAAACUCGAAUCCUUUUAUCAAAACGAUAUUCAACCUUUCAUAAGAUCGCAUCAGAUGUAACUCGUAAUUUAGAUCAACUUGAAAAUGACCUAAUCAAAUUGGACAAAGUUACCGAUGAAAAUAUCCGACCGUUGACUGAGAUUUGGGUUUCACUGAAACAAGAGAUCAUUAAAUUGAAAAAUCUCGAAGUAAAUUUCACCCGAGAAGUUAAACAGAGUAAAGAUCCAUUCUUGGACAAAGAACGAGGAAUCCUUUGUACUCAAUCGUGUUUAACUUAUAUCAACAAUUUAACGAUCAAAAUUGAAUCUCUAAUGGAAUCACGAAAGAAUCAACUUAACGAGGAGAAAGUUAAAUCAACUCGAUCAGUCCAAGUUUCCGUUCAAACGGACGAGAUUCCUAAGCCGAAACCAGUGGAGGUAAAAAACGCCGAGACCAUGGUGAAUAAUUCAGUUUCAAGAAUCUCCAGCGAGGAAAAAAUCACCCGAACAGUUUAUCAUGAUAUAACUAAUAUCAAAAGUCAACGGUUAAUUGAGAUUCCUGAUAAACCAGAAACACUUCCUGAUCGACCUCCAAUGUUUAUACAAAAUUUGAAUGAUGUUACUUUGGAUGAGAAAUCGGUUCUAUUUUUAUCUUGUGCUGUUAUUGGUCACCCUGUACCAAAGGUUACCUGGUAUCGAGAUGGUCAGCAAGUUUAUUGUUCCCGAGGUCAAGAGGUUACCGAGGAUAUGGAGAGUAAAACUUAUUCCUUGAUAAUUCAAGAUGUAACUCGAUCCCAUGAAGGUGUUUACACGGUUCAAGCAAUUAAUCAAUUGGGCAAAGCUUCAAGUUGCUGUAAUGUUACAAUUAAGACAAAAUUAACUACUAAACAUCCGCAAUUUAUUAAAUAUCUGGAAGAUCGAGUAGUUAAAGUAGGAGAUAAUGUUACCUUAAAUUGUCAGAUUUCAGGUCAACCUGAACCGCAGGUCACUUGGUAUUUUAAUCAUCGUCGCAUUGAGCCCAAUGAUUUAACUCGAUUCAAGUUCAUUCAUGAAGGUGAAACUUAUGGUCUGAUUAUCUCAUCAAUUACUGAUGAUCUUCAAGGUAAUUAUUGUAUCGUCGCUGAAAAUAUCGCAGGUAAAGCAGUUUCCAGUGGGAAUAUAAUUAUAACCGAUUUGAAUAAAUCAUUGGGUUCACAAUCAUUGAUUGGAUUGGGAUCAUCAUCAUAUUCUGGUGGUUUGGUCAAUCAAAAUUUACUCUCAAUCAACAACAACAUGACACGAGCAAGUUCAGAGGUACGAACAACAUUCCGUGAAAUGACCAGUUCUAGUCGGACAAUUAAAACAACGACAAGUUCAUCAACCGGAUCAGCAGCAUCAUUUGUCCAACAACAACAGCAACAAUUUUCCCAACCAUCAUCAUCACUUUCAGGAUCCUCAGUAAUUGAACGAAUCCCACCCUUUCAACCACAAUCAACCCCACCACCACCACCACCACCACCUCCUCCUCCAUCAUCAUCAUCAUUAUCUUAUCCUCAUCUCCAUCAACCUGGAUUAGUAUCACGAGAAAGUAAAUCGAUCACUCGAGAAGAGCAUCAUUACAGUAAAAUCAACGACGAAGAGCCGGAAAUAUCUCAUAGUUUUAAUCAAGAAAAUUUAGUGACCACCGAUAAAGGAAUCGAGUCUCAUGAAGUGAAAUCGAUUACGGAGAAAAAUAUUAAAUCACCUUCAGGUUUAAGGACAAUGUCAACAAUGAGAUCUCCAAACGAGCCCAUAAAAGCCCCACAUAUAAUCCGUCAUUUAACUAAUCAACUUGUCAACCCUGGAGAAGAGGUUACCUUUGAAAUUGAAUUGACGGGGAUCCCGUUACCUCAGGUUACCUGGUAUCGCAAGGGGAUACCUCUUAAUCUGAGUGAUGAUAAUUUCAUCUUCACCAAUCCGAUGGAAGGAGUUUACCGAUUAACAUUUAAAGAAGCCUGGCCUGAAGAUUCAGGAUUAAUCACAAUUAAGGCAAACAAUUCAUUAGGAGCAAUUGAAUCAAAUGCUAAUCUAUUGGUACAACAGUCAAGGAGGGAAAGUGUAUCAAGUGGAAGUGCAGUUCGGUGUGUUAAUGAAGGAGCCUCAGUGAGACAGAAAAAAGAUUUUUUCACUCGAAUCGCCAUGGAACAAGCAGCUUCAACCUACGAUUAUAAGAUGAGAUGUAUGAGUUUAGAUCGUAAAUUGUCAGUCGAAGGACCUGGUCGACUAUUCCGAUUAGGAGGCGGUGGUGGUGGGUCAGGGAUUUAUCCUUUCUCAGGUGAUCUUAAAGGAGCCGAUUCAUUUGAAUCGCUUCCUUGUGGAUACAAAUAUUCAACCUCAUCAGCGAAAUCAGAUAUCAGUGAGGAGCCAAGUUAUUAUUCAGCUCAAGAGGAUAAUCUAAGCACAGAAUUCAAACCAGUUUGGGUUCCGAAAGGUUUUUUCUCACCAUUAACAUCAUCAACUCUACCGAGAGCAUCCAAACAAUGGCAACCAGUUCGAGCUCCAGGUCAGGGCAACAGAGAGGCUCCGUUUACAAAGGCAAUGUCCAUACCCAGAGGUGAUAUUUGUCCAUCCCUAUUGUCAACUACCCUCUCGGUGGGUUCGUUAUCCCAAACAUCACUCCACUCCCUCCAAUCGACCUCUUUUUUUGGUCAAGAUAUUUCAGAUAAUCCAAAUUCUGAAGGUAAUCCAGUUAGAGCUCCAAUAUUUAUCACCGGGCUCAAAGAUAAAUCAAUACCUGAAGGUGGUUACAUCUCAUUAGAAUGUGAAGUUGAUGGUUACCCACCGCCGACAAUUAAAUGGUAUCACAAUGAUAUUGAAGUUGCUUCGGCUUCUGGCUCACAAAUUGAUUCAUUAACUGGGGGAAUUUGUAGAUUAAUCAUCGAGAAAUCAACUAAACCCGCCGCUGGAAAAUACGUUUGCCGAGCCUCCAAUUUAGCUGGAUCCAUAUCGACCUCUUGUACUCUUAAAAUAAUCAAUCAACAAUCAACACCGUCAACACCAAUCAACUAAACAAUGAAAAUCAAUCUCAAUGAUCUUAAAUCUUAUAUCAAACUUAAUCAACAAUCAAACAAAAUUAUACAAAUAAAAAUUGAAACUCGUGUGAAACUUAAUUGUCAACAAUCAACACACAAACACAAUUAUCUAACUGCCAUUUAAUACUAAAUAAAUUGUAAUCACCCAAUCAAAAAAAAAGAAAACAAAGCAAUUUAGACAAACACAGUUACAAUUUGGUUACAAUUAACAGUCGACAAUUAGUUAAAUUGAAAAUUUGUUAAUUUCUCAGCAACUCGCCUCGAGCGAUCAACAAUUUAACCGUUACACAAGAACGUUAAUUGUUUAAAUUAAAUGGCCAAUUUUGUUGUCUACUAAAGAGAGACAAUUAAAAAAAACAACCAAAUUAACAGAAAAGAGAGUAACAAUUAGUAAAUUAAUAUCUUCUUCUCGUAUUCGAAUACAAUUAAAUCUAAUUGUAUCAUCAAAAUCUAUUAAUAGGAAAGUAAUAGAAGAAGCAAAAAAAACUGAUUAACAUGAAAGAAAAGAAUAAAAAAAUUAACCAAUUAGACGAAAAAACCAAAUGAUCAAAUUGUUGAUUAAAUUGAUAUUCCAAUCGUAAUCCAGUUAAUCGUUAAUUGACAGAAAGUACAAUACAAUUAACCGAGAAAUGAUUUACUCCAAUCCGAAAGUGAAUUAAACAAAUUGGCUUUUUCUUUAUAAACAGAAUACAAACUGACCAAUGGUCGAGAACGAAAUCGAGAGUGAUGACCAAUAAACGAAAUGAAAGAGAAAAAGGUGGAAAAGUUUAAAGGAGAGAAUGAAAAACAAUUAACUUAAUUGUAAUUGGAAUGGAAAAGAUAAUCAAAAGUGAGAAAGAAAAACUUCUCAUCAACAGAUGACGUUGCCUGCGUUGGAAGACAAGCAAAGGAGAGGAAGAGAAACUGUAAACUCUCAGUAACAUCAACAAGCAACUGCAGUUGUUUUGCUCUCUCUCUCUUUCUCUCUCAUCUUUUACUCUGUUUUUGUUAUUACUUUACUCUCAUCAUCAUCAACAACAACAACAUCAUCAUCAUCUGCCUCUUGAUCUUGAUUACCAUCAGCAUAACAACAACAACAAUCACAGAAUCAACAAAAAAAAACUCUACUCUCUCUCUCUGUUGUAGAGUGAAAACCAACAUCUAAUUUUUUUUCUUCCUUGUUAAUUUUAUUCUCUUCUGUGUCUCUGUCUUUUUUUCUUUCUUUUCUCUCUCUCUCUCUAUUUAUUCUCUCAGUGUUUUAUUUUUUCUCUCUCUUUGUGAGUUAAUUUAUCUUCUCAUUCUGAUAUCAACUGAUUUUCAUUCAUUUGUGACCCUGUUAUUGAUAUAAUGAUGUCUUCACCAAGUCCAGGCAAAAGAAGAAUGGACACUGAUGUCCUUAAAUU